AUGUUUUUAAAAGAUGAGCACAUUGAAUAUGCGAUAAAUGACGAAAUUCCGAUAGAUGCGAAACAUUUGAAUCGUGUCCAUGAAGAGCUUGAAAAACUCAAUAUUGCCACUGAUAUCAUUAAUAAAUUAGAGUUGCAGCUGGAUGAAGCUCGCGAUACUUUCAAAAGCACGCAAAGGUUUUGGUCGCAGAAAUUGAAUGAACUUAAUAAAAAAUAUGGUUCAGCGAUUGAAAAUGGUCGACCGUAUUAUGAAGCCAAGCUUGAAGAAAGGCAACUACGUGAAGAAGCUCAAAAUGCAGCAGUUAGAUUCGAGCGUGCUACGUCAAUGCAUACUAUCGCCAAACAACAAGUCAAAUUGACACAGGAUAGUUUAAGCCGACAGAAAGGAAUUCGUCCUGAAUGUUUAGAGGUUCUGAAUCAUCAUAUUCAACGAGUGAAUGAAGCGGAAGAGGAACGAUCAGCUGCUGAAUAUGUUCAUAGAUCAAUUUCAACAAAAAUGAGCGACUGUGCUCAACGAAUCGCUUCGAUCGAAAAAACGAAUAGUCGAGCAAUUAAGAAAAGUAAGCGGUAUUUUGAACAGCGAAUUGAGUUUACGCGAAUAUUGGAACAGCAAAAGAAUUUUAUCACGAAGCUUGAAGCUGAGGUUCGACAAAAGAAAGCUGACUAUAAUAUAUCACUUAGAAACCUCGAGCAAAUUUCUGAUGCUAUUCAUGAGGAACGAAGUAUAACAAGUAUGAGGACAGAUUCGUCUCCUGCUGAUAGAUUUAUCAAUGAAAAAACGCGAUCUCUAGAGAAUAAUGUUAAAAUGAAGGAAAACACUGAUAAAAUAACUAUUACUCAAAAACCUGUGGUUUUGGAUGAUAUUAAGUGCAAACUUGAACAGAUGACUUUGGAUUAUGAUCAGUCAGACUUGGCUGUUUUCGACAGCGAUUAUAAUUCAAACGAGGAAUCCAAUAACAAUGAAAUGAAAAUUGCUGGAAUCGGUUCAGGAGUAAUUCUUCUUGCACAGCAACUGAUUGGUGGUAAUGAAAAAAGUCGAAAAGGAAAAAAAGCGAAAGUAUUACCAUCAUCAGUACCUUCGUUUUUUCAUGAUUUGCGUUACCGGACCACUUUGCCGGAAGGGGUUGGUUAUAAUACCUCACUCUCUUCAGCAGAAACGAGUGACAGUGAAGGAUCAUUAGGAAGCAGUAGGACAGAUGCAAAUACUGUGAAUACGGAUGAAUUAAGUGGCAUGAUUCGUAGUCAUUCGCAGUUAAUCGAAGAAAUUGAUGACUGUGCAGAACGAACAAAGAAUAUGUUACACGGAAGUUUAAAUAAUUUAGAACUAGAAUGUAGCGGUCGAAAAUCUUGA